UGUUUGAACUGUCUUCUUUCUACCAGGACAGGUUCCAUCAAAGAAAACUCUUUAUUCUCCCACUCAUGAUGUUUAGAUGGUUCAUUCUUCACAGUGGAAACAGUGUGACAGUCUGCAGGGUGACACGUGUGGGCGUGGCAGCAGACUGAUGUGAUGUCUCACAGUAUCUGUAACCUGAGGUCACGUGACUGUCUGCUGUGCGAUCGAUUACGUCUUCUUCACACGAGGAGUCUGUGAAAGGACGCCCUCUGCUGGAGGAGUCCACCUCUGCACGUGAAGACAGGAUCAGACUGUGGAUCCCGGAGAGUCUGACCAGGGGAGGAGAAAACAACACACAGACGCACACAUCCACACACACCGAUCUCUGUGUGUGUACGCUGCUUUACAGACACCAGCACGGUCUCCUUCUCCUCCUUCUCCUCCUCCUCUCCUUCCCUCCUCUCCUCCUCCUCCUCUCUCGGUAUGCGCGCUCUGACGGUGUGAGGAUGAUCUCGGUGGUCUCCACGGUGGAGAGCGCUCCCAGAGGAGCGGGCAGCCCGCCGCCGAGCCUCCUGCAGCGGCUCCGCAGACUCAUCACCAGGGACCUGCUGGUGACUCUGGCUAUGGGUCAGAUUCUGUCUCUGCUGAUCUGUGCCAUCGCUCUGACCAGCAAAUACCUGGCUGAUGACUUCCACGCCAACACGCCUGUGUUCCAGAGCUUCCUCAACUACAUCCUGCUGUUCCUGGUCUACACCACCACCCUGGCUGUCAGGCAAGGUGAGGGGAACCUGCUGGCCAUCCUGAAGCAGCGCUGGUGGAAAUACAUGAUCCUGGGUCUGAUAGACAUCGAGGCCAACUACCUGGUCCUCAAAGCUUACCAGUACACCACACUGUCCAGUGUGCAGCUGUUGGACUGCUUUGUGAUCCCGGUGGUCCUGCUGCUGUCAUGGUUUUUCCUCUUGGUGAGGUAUAAGGCGGUUCACUUCGUUGGGGCAGGACUGUGUCUGCUGGGAGUGGGCUGCAUGGUGGGUGCUGACAUCCUGCUGGGUCGACAGCAGGGCCUCGGAGAGCAGAAGCUGUUUGGAGAUCUGCUGGUUCUUGGAGGAGCGACGCUGUACGGGAUCUCAAACGUCUGCGAGGAGUUCAUUGUGAAGAACAUGAGCCGGGUUGAGUUCCUCGGCAUGAUGGGACUGUUUGGAUCCUUCUUCAGUGGAAUCCAGCUGGCCAUCAUGGAACACAAGGAGCUGCUGAAGGUGCCGUGGGACUGGCAGAUAGGUCUCUUCUACGUGGGUUUCAGUGCCUUCAUGUUCAGCCUGUACAGCUUCAUGCCCGUGGUGAUAAAGAGGACGAGUGCUGCGUCAGUUAACCUGUCUCUGCUCACAGCUGACCUGUACAGCCUCUUCUGUGGCCUCUUCCUCUUUCACUACAAGUUCUCCAGCCUCUACCUGCUGUCGUUCUUCGUCAUCAUCCUCGGCCUGCUCCUUUACUCCUCCUCCUCUACCUACGUGGCCCAGGACCCCCGAGUCUACAAGCAGUUCAGAAACACAUCCAGCCAGCCGGCCCCUGAUCAGUCCCCGCUCAGUCCUGGAGCCCCGGAGCCCUUGGUCACCUACACCAGCCUGGGCCCUGAGCCGGGGGAUGAACUUCCUGUGCGGGUGGCCUGAGAUGACCUGAGAGGCGGGACUUACUUAGAGACGUGCUGACUGUUCCCAGACCGGCUAAUCAAGGCGGCUGGUUGGACUUCAUUUCCUGCUCUGAUGGAGGGGCGGAGUCUCCCCCUGCUCGAGUGAAGACUGAUCCAUGUACCUGAACACUGCCCGAGUAGAGGGUCAUUAAAGUAAAGAGCAGAGAGAUGUUGUGUUCACUGUGAUAGAGACCGUCAGCGGACUGAAAAUCAUCCAUCCAUCUGUCAUGUAUGUCAACUGUCCUCUAAGGGGACUGGGGGCUGAUCACAGCUUUCAUUGGACCAGAGGUUUGGGUUACACCUGGACAGGUCGCCCAUCAUCGUACAUGUAAAUAGAUAUAACGAUCGUUUUAUGUAAUAUCCUACUUUCUUUUUUAUAUCUGCCGAACAAUGUUUGUGCUGACGACCUGUAUAUGCUAGGUGCUGUUUAUUUCAUAUCUUACAGUGUUUCUAAAUCUUCAAACACAAACUUGAGUCCGAUAAACCUGCUUCAGCCUGCAGCAGGGAAACAGGCUGCAACAUAA